GGAAGUGCAGCGACCGGAAGUGCCGGUCAUCGCGCUGACGGUGCCGUGUCCCGGUUCCCGCCAUGGCUCCCAAGGGCGGCCCCGGCGGGCGGCAGCAGUCGGAGGAGGAUCUGCUGCUGCAGGACUUCAGCCGCAACCUCUCCGCCAAGUCCUCCGCGCUCUUCUUCGGCAACGCCUUCAUCGUCUCCGCCAUCCCCAUCUGGCUUUAUUGGCGGAUAUGGCACAUGGAUCUUGUUCAGUCUGCAGUCCUGUACAGCGUAAUGACCCUCAUCAGCACCUAUCUGGUGGCUUUUGCCUAUAAGAACGUCAAGUUUGUUCUGAAACACAAAGUGGCCCAGAAAAGAGAAGACGCUGUUUCCAAAGAAGUUACUCGCAAGCUGUCUGAGGCAGACAAUAGGAAGAUGUCUCGCAAGGAGAAGGAUGAAAGAAUCCUGUGGAAGAAAAAUGAAGUUGCAGAUUACGAAGCAACAACUUUUUCCAUCUUCUACAACAACACUCUCUUUCUGGUCUUGGUCAUCAUCGCUUCGUUUUUUGUGCUGAAGAACUUCAACCCCACCGUAAACUACAUUCUUUCUAUAAGCGCCUCAUCCGGACUGAUCGCUCUGCUCUCCACAGGAUCCAAGUAGACAAAAUACCCCACAGUCGUUUAUUUCUAUGAGAGGGCUCAACUGCCGUACAACAGUUUAAGGGUGGAAUAGAAGUAUGGUUUUUUUAUAGGGUGGUUGAUUAAGGGUGGGGGGGAGGGUUUGAAUCCAAAAUAAUUGAAUUAUAUUUACUUUGGGUGUCUUUACAUGGUAUUAUUCAAUAACUUAAUCAAUUUUUUUACUUAGCAAGGAAAGGGAAGGGAGUGGGUCAGUGGUACCACAGUCAGACACCCCCCCCUGCAGGGACGGCCGCUCUGCCAAGCUCUGCCCAAAGCCUGCAGCAGCAUUCCCCCGUGAAUUUGGUGACUGAGCCAAACUUUCUGACCAUAACAAGUGACAAACCACCAUUUAUCAUUGUAACUUGACAAGUUUUAAUAAAAAGGAGCCUCUUUUGUCAUUUAA